AUGGAGCUUCUUCUGGGCCUCCUGCUUGGGGUGAUUGGAGUUAUAGGGAUUCUUUCCCUGUUGUUUCUCUCCUUUGCAAUUUAUUAUGAUCUUUCCAGGAGUAAAAUCCCAUCUGGAUUUGACAGUCCAUUAAAGCUUCGGGUCAUUCACUGGACUCUCAUUAUGGUGGUCAUUGUGGUAAGUUGGGGACUUGUUGAGCCAUUAUGUGAUGCAGCAGGUUAUUCUUAUGAUCUUAUGUGAAAGGUGAUUAAGAAAUGAUGAUGAUGAUGACGACAAGAAGAAGAAGCAUCUUUAAUUUUUUCUUUAUGAUUUUCAGUUAUAUGCAUUUCAAUAGUUUUACAGUCAUUUUAACAUUGGGGGCUGGAUCAGCAGCAGGUGAAGCAAGUGAAGCCAGAGGUUCUUAUGUUCUUAUGUGAUUAAGGUGAUUAAGAAAUGUAAUUAUUCUUAUUCUAAUUAGCAAUCUUUAAUACAUCUUUAGGUGUCAGGCAAAAACAUUUCUAAGUCCUUUUAAAUGUGUUUGAGGGAGGGAUGUUUUUGGCUUCUAUAUAUUUUAUAUAUACCACUUCUAUAUCUUUUAAAGGUGUUCUUGGUUUGCUUUGCACUUCUUUUUUUAUGUAUUUUGUGUUUUUAUCUAGUAUUUUUAUUCUGCGAACCACCCUUUGAUCUUUGUAUGAAGGCCAGUAUACAAAUUUAUUUAUUUAAUAAUAAUAGUUUAUAUAUUUCAGUAAUUCAUAUGCAUACUGCACAAUAGAGCAUGAAAUGAGGAAAAUCAAUGAGUUUACUUGAUGAUGAUGAUAGAUGAAGAUAUUAUCAAAUUUAACAAGGGCUUUAUUUUUAACCUGUAGAGGGACACACAUAGAGAGAAAUAUAUUAUUCACACUAAUAAUAUGGUUUGUUUACAUCAUGGUUUCUUCAGGAAAGCACAUAUGGUCUCAUAGGCAAGCAAGCAGAUUGUGGAUUGUUUCUCCAAAGCUUCUUUUGUCUCUGUACCUUGGCUGGUGUUUGGGUUGGGGUGGCCAAGCAAACCAUGAUUUAGGAAAGCUUUUGGGUUUUGACAUCAAGCCAAACCAUUGGAUCGCUUAUUGUGACCCAGGGCUGCCUCUAAUGAUAGUCCCAUUCUAAGCAGACAAAUUGAAAUUAAUGGACAUGGCUAACAUGCACUCAUUCAUUUCCAUGGGUCUACUUUAAAUAGGACUUAUUUGGAUACCACUCCCUGUGAAUAGGAUGCAAAUGUGGGCACUAUUUUCAUGAGACUGUUCCUUUGCCCUACAGGGGAAGUGUCUUGAACUGCUGGGUGUCUGCAGCCAGUUUGCCUUUAUCCGCUUCCUCCAGAGGUUCUGGAAUCCAAGAGUGGAUCCCAGCCUCUCUGCCAAAGAUCUGCAUUUUGACGGGGUUCCUGUGAGGGUUUAUCAGCCCAAAGCACCAUCUGCUGGCCCAAGGAAAGGAUUUAUGUUCUUUCAUGGAGGAGCUGGGAUGAUUGGAAGCAUCGGUAAGAGAUUAAGGCUGUCAGCCCGUGAACACUUAUCUAGAGGCAAGCGCCAUUGAACUCAAGUAAGCCCAUGUAGAAUCGUGGAAAAGGAGAGUUGGGAGGGAUCCCAAGGGGUCAUGUAGACCAACACCCUGCAAUGAAGGAAUCACAGCUGAAGAAGCCCUGCCACCUUUCAAGGGAGUCCAUUCCCUGUUGAACAACUCGCACCAUCAGAAAGGUGUUCCUAAUGUUUACUGGAAUUUCCUUUCUGGGUAGAAGUGCUUAAGAUAUCAAUGUAAGAGAGGUUUACUGGGCUGAGAUACAAGAAUGUUGGUGGUAGUUCCUGAAGGGACAAGGGGCACACAUGUGCUUUGGAUUAUUUUUAUUUAUAUGCAUAUAUGCUGCGGGUGGUGCUAUCGGUUAAGGCACAGAGCCUAGGGCUUGCCAAUCAGAAGGUCGUCAGUUCAAAUCCCUGCGACGGGGUGAGCUCCCGUUGCUUGGUCCCAGCUCCUGCCAACCUAGCAGUUCGAAAGCACGUCAAAGUGCAAGUAGAUAAAUAGGUACCGCUCUGGCGAGAAGGUAAACGGCGUUUCUGUGUGCUGCUCUGUUUCGCCAGAAGCAGCUUAGUCAUGCUGGCCACAUGACCCGGAAGCUGUACGCCGGCUCCCUCGGCCAAUAAAGCGAUAUGAGCGCCGCAACCCCAGAGUCAGUCACAACUGGACCUAAUGGUCAGGGGUCCCUUUACCUUUUCCUGUGCUGACUUAGGUCAACAGGAAGAAACAAACAAAUGGAGGAUCUUGUUAUCAUGGCUUCCCAGACCCCACAUCUCUAUUAAGGAUUUUUCGUAAGGUCUUGAAUUUAAGCCGCACUUUAAGUUUUCACAGUCGGAAUCUGGAAAGAGAGUGCGGCUUAUAUUUUUCCCAAUACAGCAUAUAAUAAUUGCUGCUCCUGAUCACUCUGUUUAUUAACCCAGCCGCCCUCCCUCCCCUGGCCACCCCCUCAUUUACACCUGACCCUAUCCCUCACCUCACCCCACCCCACAGCCACCCCACCCACAUUUGCUAAAUAGGUCAACAAAUCAACAAACUGCACUUGCACCAGCUUUCAUUUGCAAAACAAAAUGCGAUUUCACAAGUUAGCAAUUAAUACUGACACUCUUGGCUACAGAACACAGUGACAUUGCGUUGCAACAGCUUAUAAAGUAGCAACCUAGUAAUCCCAUUGCACCAGAAGUGGUUUUAGUCAUGCUGGUCACAUGACCCGGAAAGCUGUCCGUGGACAAACGCCAUCUCCCUCAGCCUGAAGCGAGAUGAGCGCCACACCCCAUAGUCACCUUUAUCUGGACUUAACCAUCCAGGGGGUCCUUUACCUUUUUACCUAUAAAGUAGUAACUUCAGGAGGAAGGAAGGCGAGAAUCAAGUGGGGACUCAGGAGAGCUUGCCCUGUUCAGGGAAGUUUUUAAUAUGUGACAUUUUAGUGUAUUUUUCAUCUUUGUUGGAAGCCGCCCAGAGUGGCUGGGGAAACCCAGCCAGAUGGGCAGGGUACAAAUAAUAAAUUAUUAUUAUUAUUAUUAUUAUUAUUAUUAUUAUUAUUAGAGACAUUGAUAUUGUUAUGGUGGUGGGAGAAUACUGUUCUCCUCACAGAGCUUGCUUCCUGAAAUGCAAGAGCCAUGAUCCCAGACCUUUGACCAUGCUGACUGGAGAAAUGUUUUUUGAGGUGGGCAUUUGGGGGGUUUAUGUCAGUGAAAAUUGCAUGUACAAAUACAUUAUAUAUCGGAAGACUGCUGUUCAAAAAUGUGCUUUUAAAGGCAAGACUGGAGGCAGCAGAUAAUUACCUCCCUAUUUAAAAUUUCCCUCUCAUCUUGCUAGGGUGCUACCAAGAUGUCUGCAGCAAAAUCGCCAAGGAGAGUGAUUCAGUGGUUGUGUCUGUUGGGUAAGUAAAUGCAACCACGUAUCCUUUCAAAUGAAAAAUGUGUGUGUGUGUGCUUUGCACCCAGCAUGUUGCUGUAUUUUGAUGGCAUCCCUUGCCAUAUUCUUUGCAGGAGAGAAAGGCUCCCCGUGAAAGUUGUCAACAUUCCAAUAUUAAUUUUUAUUAGUUUUCAGUUACAAUAUAAUACUUUAUUAUAACAAUGCCAAAUUAUAAUGCAAUUAGUAAUACUAAUCAUUCAGAUGCCAAAUUAUACAAUUUAGGUACCCUCCUGUGUGCUAGAAUUAACGACAUCCAUUUGUAUUGACACAUUAAAUUAUUUAUAAACUACAGGUGAAGCAUUCAAACACUCUACUGGUUCUUCCUGUGUGUUGCAAUUACCGUAUUUUUCGCUCUAUAAGACGCACCAGACCACAAGACGCACCUAGUUUUUGGAGGAGGAAAACAAGAAAAAAAAUAUUCUGAACCUCCGAAGCCAGAACAGCAAGAGGGAUAGCUGUGCAGUGAAAGCAGCAAUCCCUCUUGCUGUUCUGGCUUCUGUGAUAGCUGCGCAGCCUGCAUUCGCUCCAUAGGACGCACACACAUUUCCCCUUACUUUUUAGGAGGGAAAAAGUGAGACUUAUAGAGCAAAAAAUACGGUAUUCUGUUUGUAAUGUUUCUUCCUGUCCUUGCAAAAUAUUAUGUCUAUAUUUUGCCAGUUGUUGCUGUUCUCCAUCAUGCCUUGGGCAGAGCUAGUGUCCCAUUGUUGUUUCAGAAGUUCUCCAUUGCUCCAUCCUGUGCUUCAUUGUUUUGCAACUUUAGCAGCAGCUGCACACAUCACACUGUCCCAAUAAAUAUCCUGUUUUCGCCAUUUUUCUCUCAUCCUUGGACGGAGAGUAAGCUGUUGAACUUCAAAUAACUCAGUAAUGAACCUUAUCAACUCCUUGGCAAGCUCACAGAUUCCUCUCAUCCCUCCGUUCAGCCGAAGUUAAGCGAUUACGCUUCCAAUUUAAUUAAAUUCCAAGUCCUUUUAGCAUUAUUCAGUUCAGUCUGAGGAUAAUAAAGGAUAGGGAGGAGUCAGCUCUAAGUUUCCAUCACAAACCUUUUGCAAAAUAGAGCUUCCCUCCCUUUUUUCCUUUUUGGUUUUUUUUACACACACAGUUCCAUUUGAUGUUAUAUUCCAUAGCUGCUAUCCAGUUUUCACCGUCUUCAUCUGUACAUCCAUAAUUUGAACUAGCAUUUCAAAGGAGAACUGCCAAAUCAUAAAUGUAUAGAAUAAAACUGUAUAUAAAGAAGCCGUAGGCUCCCCUCCCCCCGCCGUCUUUUACACCAAAUGAAGUCUUCUUUCAAGUUCAAACAUUAAUGAACUUGCAGCUGCUUCAAUUCUGCAGUGUACAAUCUCAUCUCUUCUAGCACGUGUCUGUACAUUAGUCGAAAUUAAACUCUAAUUAACAGAAGAGCCUCUGCUUCUUAAUGGCGGCAUAGGAGGGUUAUUGGGAGGCGAAGUGCUUUUGCACUCAGCGCCUCCCUGCCUCUCGCUUUCCAUGCUGGAGCGAGAGCCAGGUACCGAGACAAACUGCAAGUGAACCCCAUUCCCCCCAUCCCGGGGGGGGGGAGAUUUGCAAGGAUAAUUACUCUCAAUCAUCCUUGUUUGCUUCUUCACCAACAAUCUCCUGCUGUUGUGGGAGCUGCCUCCAUUGAGGCAGACCGGAAAUGGAACCCGGAAGCAAUCAACAUUCUGUUCUGUGAUCUCAUGCACCUAAGACAUGAAAAUGCUCAGUUCUGUGGGGAGACUAUGAGCUGGGCAUAAGGACUCGCACAGCACCCCUAACCAGGGUCUCCAGAUCAGCCUCAACUUGGAGACCACCCAACCCAGAUCCAGCCUACAAUCAAUUCAGAGAUGGGGCUAAUAAUGUUCAGUUAGGGCUUUUAUAGAGCUGCCAUAUUUCAAACAGAGAAAAUCCGGACAGAAAAGUUGUUGAGCUAUUUUUAUGGGAAAAUGGCAGAAACAGCACUGCUGACAUGGACUGCCAUAUGUUCAGAUUUCCCCCGACAUUGUUUCUGAUUUGGGCCCUGACAUUGCUGUAUUCUGGAUGUGCCUGGGAAAAUCUGGACAUAUGGCAACUAAAUCUCUCAUUAAAUUUAGAGUCAGGAAGGAACAGGUAAAUGAGGUCACGCCCCUGCAUCUAAACAGAAGCGGGAGGGAAAGUUGCAAGUGGCAAAUGGUAUUGCACCACCUGGAUCCAAUCCUGAAGGGUUCUGCUUCCCUGGCUCUUUUGCUAGCUGGAAAAGUCAGUUUUUUAAGGGCACGAUCCAGCUGACUUUCACAUGCAUUGUAUCUGCUAUAACUGAUCCAGCAGGCUUUUCUUGGAAUCCUAUGUGCUCAUGGAUGUGUUUGGAAAAGAUCCUGGAAGCUUAAAACUCUGCUUCUGUUUUAUUCACCAGCUACUCUCUGCCUCCGGAGCAUUGUUUUAUCUGUGCUAUCUUGUGUUUUGAUUUUUUAAAUUAUUGUUAGUAGUAUUUUAUGACCUUUUACUGUGUCAAUCAGCAUUUGGUGGUUGGAAGGGCAGGAUUCACACACCUGUGUGAAGCAGGGGGUGGACCCUUCAGAACCAGGGUUCAAAUGUUUCUCUCUUGCACACCCAGCUGUGCCUCUUGCCCUCAGGUCUCACAAAUGCCACUCUUCCCCCCCACCAGGCCAAACCCUUCCUUUCUAGGAUGUUAGCAUCAGAGAUUCAUAUAUAUGUAAAGGGUUAAUUGCAAGAGCUGUAGAAUUCUCUGAUGUCAUACACCUUAUGGCAGUUAUGGCAGUUAUGGCCCUUGGUACGGCAGCUAUUAACAGUCUUUUACAUGAGAGCAGUUGAACUGUUGUUCUGCUGUCUGCCUCAGGGUUAGUCUGUAACAGUUUAAUCUAUGUGACAUACUUUUUAGGUGUGCAUCAUUUCGGGACACAGUAAUUCAGUUACUGUGAAUUAGCAAUUUAAGAAGCAUUCACCUGCAUUGUAUAUUUUAGCUGCAACUGCAAGUGCACUUAGUACAUACCCUCCAACAUUUCUCUGAUGAAAAUAGGGACAUCCCAUUCCAUAAUGAUGAUUUUAUUUUUUAUACCCCACACAUCUUACUGGGUUACCCCAGCCACUCUGGGCAGCUUCCAACAUAUACAAAAUAUAAUAAAACCUUUCCUAUACAGGAUUGCCUUCAGAUAGCUCAGAAGUUGGGUAACUCCAAACCCUCCAACAUUUAUCCAAUGAAAGUAUGGAUGUCCUAAGGGAAAGCAGCACAUUACGAGAUCAAAUCAGAAACCUGGACAGCUGCUCUAUUUUUUUUAAAAAAAUUAAAUUAAUUUUCCAAAUUAUUACAAAUCAGACAAAAUUCCUUAAAUUUAAUACAAUUUCUUAAAAUCAGGUUUCUCGCUCCUGUUGCAAACAUGUGUCGAUCAUUCCUCCCCGUAGCUGCAUCUUCUCUUGUUUAAUGUUCGGUUGUCAUCCUUCACUAGACGUUAGUCCAUCCUUGCAGCUGACUGGUUUUUCCUCCUUACAAACAGUGCCUCUGUUACAUCUUAUAAAUAUAUAAUCCAUUUCAUGUGUGUAGUCCUUCUUUUACAUUGUUGUUUCAGACCUGGUGAGCUGAGAGAAUUAAUUACUAUCUUCCUUUGUUCUGUUCUUUGCCAGCUUAUCUGGGUGGUACGAGGUCACAUUCCAUUCCUUUCACUGUUCACCAACUAGCAUACUGGCUGCAGCCUAAAUAACUCACAGAGUACAUAAACAAUCUCUGCCAUUAACAUUCCGCUCUGGAGUUCUUCCUCGGCAAACAGUUAAAGAAAAAGUAUUUUCUCAAGUUCAGUCUCUUGUCAGAUCUAUUCAGCAGCCAUUCAUUCUCCCUGCUCCACACUGCUCCCUCACACUCCUGGGUCCAAUCCAAAUAUAAUUUUAAAUAAAGUCCAUUCAACCUCGGUUGAGGUGGGAGGGCAUAAAAAAAACCCAUGUUAAAUUCCUGCUAAGCAUAAAUCAAAAGCCUCCCCCCUCUUUUCCGAGGUGACAGACAGAAUAACAGAGCCAAGGCUACGCACGUCUCUUUCAUUUUACAGGGGAGGAUGAGAAAAAGACGACAAUUUAGAAACCAUAUGAAAGCACAAAGCACCUUGUCCUCCCGCUUCCUUUCUUGGCUGUUGUGUGGGUUUUCAAGCUUCAGGAAAAAAAACAUUCAGAUACCUUCAAAGAGCCAAGCUCCAUUCUUUCGGCAACUGAUUGAUUGCAGCCCAUUAUCAUAUGUCGGUCCAGGAGUGCCUCUAAUCAAUAUUCCAAAUUGCCUCUAAUCAAUACUCCAAAUUGAGGAGGAACCAACCAUAAAUCAUGCCCAAAAUGGAGGCUCAGCCAUGGCAGGGACACACUCCCGGGUCACACCCUUUUUGCCUUUCAAGUUGGCAGACAUAGGCUAAAGUGGCACAGCAGGAUGCGGUGAGCUCCCCAGACCACACUAGGGACAUUGCCAGGUUUUUUGCCUCAUAAAUAUGUGAGGGCAGUGGGGAGCGACCACCAUUAACUCGUGUCCCAAGUGGAAACCAGGACAGCUUCUCUAAAUCAGGGAUGUCCCUGGAAAAUAGGAACAUUUGGAGGGUCUGGAAGUAAAAGGUAUAUGUUAUUUAAUUGUUAAAAGAGUGUGUCUUGUGUAGUUUUUAUAGAAGGAAAAAGAGAACUAAUAAAAGGGUCAAAGCACUCAGGGCUGCCUUCCACAUACCCUGCAAAUGGGAGUCUAGUUAGUGUCUAACUUCCACAUCACGGACCCUGUCCUGUGCCCUCAUCCUUCGAUGUUACCUGCCUGGAAUUUGUCCCUGACCUGAGGUAAUACCUCUUGAAGAGGAUUCUGCAUGAGUUCAAAGGUUAACCAUCUGCAGAUGGGGUGUACACAGGGCUUUUUUUCAGGGGGAACUCACAGGAACUCAGUUCCAGCACCACUCAGGUGGAUUCUGGCACCUCUCAGGUGGGCACCAUUGCCAUUCUAAGAGAAUGAGGGAGGUGUUCAUGAUUCAUGGAGAUUUCUGGACCAUAUUUCUGGACUACUUUUUCUAGAAAAAUAGCCCUGGGUGUACAUCCCAGUUGGGUUGCACAUCCCACAUACAGUGGUACCUCGGGUUACAUAUGCUUCAGGUUACAGACUCCGCUAACCCAGAAAUAGUACCUCGGGUUAAGAACUUUGCUUCAGGAUGAGAACAGAAAUUGUGCUCUGGCGGCACAGCAGCAGCAGGAGGCCCCAUUAGCUAAAGUGGUGCUUCAGAUUAAGAACAGUUUCAGGUUAAGAACGGACCUCCGGAGCGAAUUAAGUACUUAACCCGAGGUACCACUGUAUAUAGUAAUGCCUGAGGAAGAAUUUGGAGGGCUGUCCAUGGAUACUUGCAGGAGUGCUGCUGAAGACCAGUUGCUUGAAGCCACAGGCGGGAAGAGUGCCUUGUGUUUGGGUCCUGCUUGCAGGUGCCUCAUAGGAAGCUGCUUGAACCUGGUGAGAACAGAAUGCUGUAGUAGAUGGCCAUGAGCCUGAUCUAGCAGGCCCUUCUGGUGUCCUUAUGUGAUUAUGAAUGUGUUGGGAAAAGUUUCUGGAAGCUUACCUCUUUGCUUCUGUUUUAUUCUGCAGCUACCGCCUGUCUCCUGAGCAUCUUCCUCCCUCUCAGUACAAGGACUGCCUUGCUGCUACCAUACACUUAAUUCAAAAUGCAGCUUCCCAUGGGGUGGAUCCUUCUAAGAUCAUCGUUGGUGGGGACAGUGCGGGGGGCAAUUAUGCUACUGUUGUUGCCCAGAAACUGGUGGAGAGAUCAGACCUUCCAAAACUACGGGCUCAAGUACUGAUCUAUGGGACUUCCCAGGCUAUGGACCUCAACACGCCUUCCUAUCAGCAGAAUGGCUCAAUGCCCCCCUUGUUCCGGGAAAACGUUGCUUACUUUGGAAUGAAGUAUAUUGGAAAAGACACUUCUUUGGCAGGGCAGCUCCUGAAGGGCUCUCAUGUGCCAGAUUCAAUGAGGCUGAAAUAUGGGAAGUGGGUGAGUCCAGACAACAUUCCAGAGAGAUUUAAGGCAAGAGGCUACAAACAAGUCCCACUUGCUCCUUAUGAACCUGAAGUCUAUAGGCAAUUAUCAGAGACAUUAGAAGAUGAUUUUUCUUGCCUUUUUGCUGAGGACUCUGUCAUUCAGAAGCUUCCUGAAACCCUGACUGUGAGCUGCGAGUACGAUGUAUUACGAGAUGACACACUGCUGUACAAGAAACGUCUGGAGGACAAUGGGGUGAAAGUCAGCUGGUUCCAUGUUGAGAACGGGUUUCAUGGGGUGCUAAACCUCUUUGACACAGGUGUCUUCACAGUCCCUGCUGCAAUUGAAUUAAUGAACAGGAUUAUCGACUUUGUCAAAAACCUAUGA